AUUCUUAUUUUCUAUAAAAUGCCUGUUGAUUGGGUUUAUGCUUCUGGUUCUACUUGGAUAUCUUUUGAUACAGCAGCGCAAGUAGUCAUUGAAUCUUUAUGGCAAAGAGGUGAUUCUGCAACUUGGAUUACAUGUUCCAAUUUUCCUGGCCCUGUGUACAUUGAUACACACGAUAUGGUAGUUCUAUAUGGAUCUUAUUCCUAUACUAUUGCAAGAAGAUCCUAUUAAGUUUAGAAUCAAGUGAGAGAACAUCAGUAACAAAACAAUAAGAGCAUCAUCAUACAAAGCGUCAUUCCUUUCAAGACACC